AUGGAGACUCAACCAGAUCCAGAGAGUAUAGUCGAAAACAAUGGUGAUAACGUCAAAUAUGAAGAACCUUAUUCCAUUUUGUCACAAAAAGAAAAAUACGCCUUAACCGUACUAUUGAGCAUGACGGCGAUUUGGUCGACCUUAUCUUCGUCUAUUUAUUUUCCUGCAAUCCCAGUGAUUGCGAAAACCUUUGAUGUCAGCACAAGCUUAGCUAAUUUGACCGUGGUAGCUUAUUUGAUACUUCAAGGUAUCUCUCCAACAUUCAUAGCACCAUUUGCAGACUCUUUUGGAAGAAGGCCCAUCAUAUUAGCUUGUCUUCUAUCUUAUUGUGCAACUUGUAUCGCCAUCUCACAGACAAAAGUUUAUUGGCUUUUGACUGUCCUCCGGUGUAUACAGUCAGCUACAAUCGCUCCAUGUGUUGCAGUUACAUCCGGAGUUUUAGGAGAUGUCUGUGUUCGUGAAGAAAGAGGUACUUAUAUUGGAUUAUUAAGUGGAGGGACGCUAGUAGGUCAGGGUUUUGGUGCAUUAGUAGGCGCUGCAGUGAUGACCCGUUUUUCGUGGCGUGGGAUCUUUGUCCUUCUAGCUGUUGGUAGCGGAAUCGUUUUCAUAUUAAAUUUGAUAUUUUUACCUGAAACGAACAGACAAAUUGUAGAUAAUCUAUCUGUUUUUCCAGAAAAAGCAAGAAAUAGGCUGCCGAUUAUAUACAAAAGAAGUUUUGCAGGUCGUAUGCAUCGAAACACGUUGUUAUCUAAUAACACGCAGUUACAUUACAACCCACUUACCCCAUAUAAAAUAUUUUUCAAUUUCCAUAUAUUUUUAUCGUUAUUAGCAGCUGGGUUACAAUUCAUGGUCUGGACCAUGGCACUAGCUUCACUCUCGACAUCAUUAGAGAACUCGUACCACUUUCCAAUGAUAAAAGUAGGUCUUUGCUACCUCUCAUCGGGAUUGGCUACCCUUAUUGGUUCAAUUGCAAGUGGCCGUAUUUUAGACUGGAAUUAUAAAAGGCAUUUCGAAAAGACAAAAGCAUUUAAUGAAGAAAACAACCCUAGCUGCAAAUUUAAUCUUUCGAGAGCUAGAUUGGAAGUCACAUUGAUUCCGACAUUCCUUCUGAUAGGAUGCUUCAUGGUUUUUGGCUGGUGUCUUGAUUUGAAAACGAAUAUUGCUCCAAUUCUUAUCUCUGCUUUUGUUUUCUCAUUUUGUACAGUUUUUUUCAUGUCAUCAUUAACGGUUCUUCUUGUUGAUUUAUUUCCAGAGAGUAGUUCUUCACUGACUAGUUCAUUGAAUUUGAUGAGAUGUUUGCUAGCUAGCUUGGGUGUUGGGGUUUUGCAAAAUAUUAUCGAUACCAUGGGAAUCGGGUUCUGCUAUGUUCUUAUGGGAGGCUUAUGUGGAACUGGGGCUCUAUUGAUCUAUUUCUUUCAAUUUAUUCUACACAAGUCUACUACUUAG